GUUUCACUUACAAGUAGGACUGAAGCACUACUGUACAUACCUGGAGAGUACAACACCCAUCUCGCUCAAGUCAUCUGGCAGAUGCAUGAGAUGUUCCCACCAGCACUUCAUCAGAAGAAUGCUAUAUAACAGGCAGUCCUCUUCAUUACAAAUCCACAAGAAGCAACAAAAAAAGCAGAUGGAACUAUUAGUUUAGUCCCUGUGAUUCUCACUCUGCCCUUGCAUUCAGCCUGGCCCUUAAUUUAGCUGGUGGUCUUGGAAACCCAACAGAAGUGAAGUGCUCUGGAGGGCCGCACGGGAGCUGGCUGUGACAGGUGAUGGAGGAGAGAACCUGGAAGGGAGUCGCUUGUUGCCCAAAUUAACUCCCAAAAAGUUGCUGAGGUUAUUUUGGAGGGUUUGGAGUUUCUCUGAAAGUCUCAAGUACAGAGUGGACACAAUACAAAACAUUCUACUGAAUGCGCUUCAGCAAAGACUCAUCGGGCAUGCAGGAAAAUAAGUAACCCAAAUGUGUGAAAUCCUUUCCAGCUCUAUACACAAUAGCUUUCACUCUUUAGGGUUAUUUUUGUCAGAAAAAUGGGGUUACCAGUGGAUUGAUGGGUAGCAUGUGAAUAUAUGUAAAAUCAGCACUGGAUCAUUGGUAUGUUUGGAUGAUGAGUUGAUUAUCGUCUGGUUAGAUGGCUGAGUUGAUGGAUGGAGGUUUUGGUCAUCUUGUGGGAUUGGAUGGUUGAAUAGAUAAUGGAUUGGUGAUUGUGUGGACCCAUGCUGCAGUUGGACGAUUUGGGGUUGUGUGGAUGAAUGAGUGAACAGUUUGAUGGAUGAAUUAACUGUGAUUGUGUAGUUAGCUGGAUGUCAGAUAUAUACUGCAGAUCUGUAGAUCAGUGGUCGCCUACCUGUAAUCGCAAUCGACCUGUCGAUCUUUGGUACUUGCCUUGUUUAAUGAUGAUAAGCAUUUGAGGAGUACAUACAGUAUAUGUUAGCAUGUUUUCUGAAGCAUUUUGACCACCCAUUGGAGUUAGGGUUGGGGGUCAGGGGUUAUUAAUGUCAUUUACAGUGUAGAUACCAGAAAACGUUUCUACCGUGUAUGUGUAUGCAGAUUGAAGUGACCCCCACAGCCUGCACGAGUGUGUGUUUACUUUACAUGCCACCAUGUGGAGCCCAUGAUGGAUUAACCAGGCUGAGGACGUACAAACGGGGGACGGGGGAGGGGAGGCGAAACCACGUAGGGAAAUGUCACAAACAGGUGUCAAAGCAGAGAGAGAAACAAGACCAUUUGUUUCGUUCAGUGGCUUCAAUGAACGUCACACGUCCAAGAAUCUAUAAUGGCAUUGAGCGGUCAAACAACAAGCCUUAUCUGUGUUUGAAAAAUGUGUCGUCAGACACGCAUUAGACAUAACCCACUGAUGGUGUCACUUUCUCUGUGCUGUCAGGUACAUAGAUAUGUAUUCAAGACCAUGCACAAUUGCUUAUGUAAUGACAAAGUGGAGAGGGGGCAAACAAACCUGCAUGGCCAAAGUCCAUCUGGACAAUUCAAAGGCACAAACCGAGUGAAAGCAGUAUUAGCGGCAGCGCACGUCAGUAGGUUGCCACAUUCUGGAGAAUGCUUCAUAAAAGCAUUUAUUAGCGUGAUAGUCAUCUUAAUGCAGUUGUUUUUAUUUAUUAUGAGAGACACUGUGAGUGAACUGACUUAACGAGACGGUGAGUAGACUUUAUUUUACUAUAUUGAUUUCUGCCUUCUCCUUUCCAUGCUGUCCAUGUGAGCUUAUUCAUUCAUGAUGUCUGAAGUGAAUGAAAAGCGAGGUUAAUGAGUGACAGCUCGGAGCAAGUGCAACCGCACAAGUAGAGAACAGACUAUCCAUCAGAUGUCAGAGGUCAUUGUAAAAGCAAAUGGCUUCAACCAGAGGAAUCAGCGCGUUUGUCGUUUUGGUGUUUUCUCUUUUUUCCCACCUGACUUCAGAUAAGAGCUCCCUGUAUUGACAACAGCCGACUUGCCGCACAGAAUGACGUCAUGCCCCUUGGCUGAAAGGUGGACGAGAUGGAGAUGCUGCGCCUCGAGUCUCGCCUCAAACCACGCCCUGAAGCCGCUCAUGUCCAUCCUCUGCCUGGUGGUUGUUUUUGCGUAUGACCUGGCCGACAAGCUUCGCGCCUUUGUAGUCCGCAUCUUCAUCCCUCAGUACCACUACCCGUACAUUGUGAGUCUCUGCUUCGGACAGGUUCUGGUGUCUGUGUCCUUCUUCAACCUCCUCCAUGUCCUGGGUGUGGCGUCACUGAGGCGGUACAGUCGUCCCCUGGACUGGCGUGGUCCAUCGGUUGCAGAACCCCUGGAGUACAUGUAUGCGCCUCUGGCUGUCAUCCUCCUCAGCCUUUCCCUCACCUGGCUGUCCAAAGUGUCCGAAUAUGAGCUCCGUCUCCCCCCAGACCACCAGGCCUCCGCUUUGGACAUCUACUACACCCAGCUGGUGAACCAGUGCUGGUUGCUUGGCCUCUUGUGGACGCUGCACCCCGACGGCCCCCUGCUGGUGCUGAGUCGGGCCAGCUGGCACAGCUUGCUGUUCCACGGGUACCUGCUCGCCAUCCUCCUGUUGGGGACGCUGCUCGACUUGGCGGUCGCGAUGACGGCGCUGUGCAAGUCACCAUUGGCUGCAGGUCUGCUACACACAGCAGGACAAUUGAUGCAACCCUUUGUGCUGCUACUCUGGCUCUAGCGUGAAGGACUCGGCAAUUUGACUUAGUGGCGCCCCCUAUGGGUUGUGCGCCAAAUGCUUUUUAAGAGCAUAUAAUACAGAGUUGUAAUACAAAGUUGCUUAGUAAUUAUGGCAAUGCCAGAACGAAACAAUGCACUUUUGUUGCAAAAAUAUUUAUUGUGUUACUGCCAACCAAAUGUAAGCACUCAAAUCAUCUCCACACUCUCACAAAACACUGGAUAUUGUAAAAAGUUACUGAAUACCUUAUUGAAGGUGUGUACAUUACAUUACAUAAAGCAUUUUUAUUCUUAAAGCCACUCAAGUGCUAGUGAACUUUGCCUUAUUCCGCAUAAAUGUUGUUUUGAGGACUUCCUAGACAGUUUCCUCCAUGAUUCUUUCACAAUAAAACACCACUCACCAUAGCGCUUGGUCAACAGAGAAACAGAAAGUCUUCUUUUUGCUUUAGUUGUUGACAACAAAGGAGAAAGCUGCCCAUUAUGAGCAAUCUGAGUUUGGAGGCAGGCGUAUUCCGAGACUCUGCAGCAGGUUGGAGGCAGGCCCGGCCAGCCCGGCCUGGCAGCUGAGGGACUCCAGCAAGUUGGUGACCAGGUUGAGGUCCACGUCGAGAGGCUGAAUCUCCGCCGUCUCCUCGGCCACUGUCGCCUCUGCCGGUUGGCUCGGCAGGUGGUUUGUGGUGGGGGGCUGGGUGGAGCUUUUGUCUGAUGUGGGCUCGUUGUAAUUCUGCAGAGAGGAACGAGAGAGAGAACCAAGAUGUGGACAGUCGUACAUUGCGCCCUCACUCUAUCACGGUUCUCAAAAAUGAAUUAAUUAAUAAAUGAUCGCAGUUUCGUGGUGAAUAUGGUUUGUUAUUACUAGUAAAAUGCAUAUAUAGCAAAAUGUACUUAUUAUUGACCUAAAUUAAGCAUUUUCAAGCAGAAAAAUACCUAAAUGAACUAACUAAAUAGACUAAACUACAACUAUAAGGCAAAAGGAGCAUAUUAAUUGUGAAUGUAGUAUUCUACAUUGGCCACUAGGCGUCAGUAAUUGUUGUGAGACAAGCGCCUAACGUGAUCGCCAGAACGGGCAUUUGUUACAGGUUAAAAUGAUUUCACAACAGGCACAAUAAUAAUACUAAUAACAUAAUAAUAACACAGGCUACUGUUGGGGCCAUAACCCACAAGCUAAAACUCAACUCUGAACCUCCGAUGUCACUUCCUGUCCGCCACUAAGGUCCCCUAGGGAACACAUUUACUGUGACACUGUUUGAGCACAAGUUUUAUUUACAUCUUAAAUGGCUUAUUUACUUAUUUACUAUUUACUUUAUUUAAUAUGUCUACUAUAUUGGGUAAUGGGACAUUACAAUACAUUGAUAAGACAAAAGCCACCGCAGGAAGUACGCUGCCCAGACAAAAAAAACAAGGAACUGCUAACGUAUGAGUCUGUUAUCUUAUCUAUGUCUAAUAUGUCUUAUUUUCUCCAAUAAAACCAAUUAACCGUGACAAACAAGGGACGAGUGUAUUACAAAAUAAAGGUGCGUUCACAGUUGUUGUGUUUUUUGAGUCGGUUCAAAUGAAUAAUAAAUGGUGAGUUUAUGCUGCUAGUUUGGUUCCUUUGGUCAAGUGUGAACCCUGGUGUGCACCAAACAAGCGAGAUGGGUUUCAUUCUGCUUGCGAGUGAACUCUGGUCGCGGCUCGAUUCACUUGAGCUGGAACGUGAACGCUAAAAACACGAACCAGUGUUACAGUGACAGCAAAAAACAAUAAGCAAAAAUGACAAAUACGUAA